AAAUACUUAAAGGCAAACUGCAUUGAGUAUUCAAUACUCCAAAAUGAUUUGGCUGGUGGUUCUCCUGUCCUGCUUUGGGCUGUUUGUGCGAAUGAACCUUUAAACUAUAAAGUAAACAAUGGAAGGGUGAUAGGAGGCAGUGAUGCUAAACCAAACACCUGGAAAUGGCAGAUUUCUCUGCAGCUUGAUUUAUACAAUGAAGGAUACUUCAGCCACAUCUGCGGAGGCUCCAUUGUUGAUAGUUUCUACAUCAUGACAGCAGCUCACUGCAUCAUAAGCUCGGAGGUCAGUCAGUACCGCGUGGUGGCUGGUGAGUACACUCUGUUUGAAUAUGAAGGCAGUGAGCAGUUCACCUCUGUGGAAAAAAUCAUCAUCCAUCCUGACUGGAAUGGCGAUCUGGCCAACGGCAAUGACAUUGCUCUGUUGAAGCUGGUUAAUCAUAUCUAUGACAACGGUUAUGUGGAAAUCACAAACCUUCCCUAUCCGGACCAGACGCUGCCUCAUGGCUUCACCUGUUACAUCACAGGCUGGGGAUUAAUGGACUAUAAUGGAAGCGUCCCUGACAAACUGCAGGUGGCUCCUUUGGAUGUAGUGGAGCAGGCAGUCUGCUCCCAGCCAGAGUGGUGGGGCAGCAUUGCUCUUAAAACGAUGGUGUGUGCUGGAGGCGAUGGUGUCAUAUCUGGUUGCCAGGGCGACUCUGGAGGUCCCCUGAACUGCUUAACCGAUGGAGUUUGGAGAGUCCAUGGUGUGGUGAGUUACGGUCCAGCGGGCAUGUGCAACCAAAAGUUCAAACCAACUGUCUUCACCAGAGUUUCCUCCUUCCUUCACUGGAUUUAUUCGGUGAUAGAUCAAGCUUUUUAGAUAGAAAUGUGUGGACUUCUAACAUGCAUGUGGCAUUAGUAAAAUAAAAAUCCUCUUAUGUCUCAGUC